AAUUAAACCUUGUUAUGGUCGCAAAACUGGCUUUGGCUUUGACCAGCUGGACAUAAAACCCCCAUCCAAACUGGAGUUUAGUCGCCAUGGAAACCAUUUAGUUUUGUUGCCACAGCAAAUGCAGAAAAAUAUUUAAAAGAAACUUGAUUGCAACUGCAACGCAAAGAUGUUUGUGUAUCUCAGCAAAAAGAUUGCCAUUCCAAAUAAUGUCAAGCUCAACUGCAUCGCCUGGAACAAAGAGGAGGGCUACAUUGCGGUGGCCGGUACAGAUGGAUUGCUAAAAGUCUUGAAACUUGAUCAAGCUUCUCCAAAUGGCCAGAGCAAAGGUGGCCUGGCCGCCGUCUCCAAUCUGUCCAUGAACCAAACGCUGGAUGGCCACAAGGAGUCCGUGAGGGUGGUCACCUGGAACGACGCCCAGCAGAAGUUGACCUCCUCGGACACGGACGGAGUGAUCAUGGUGUGGAUGCUCUACAAGGGCUCCUGGUACGAGGAGAUGACCAACGACCGCAAAAAGUCGACGGUGGCCAGCAUGAGCUGGACCUCAGAUGGAUCGCGGAUCUGCAUCGUUUACGAGGACGGAGCCAUCAUAGUGGGUUCUGUGGAUGGCAACCGCAUCUUUGGCAAGGAGCUCAAGGGCACUCAUCUCACUGGUGUCCAGUGGAGUCCGGACAAUCGCUUGAUUCUGUUUGCUUUGGCCAACGGAGAGUGCCAUCUGUACGAUAACCAGGGGAACUUUGCUAUGAAGCUGCAUAUCCAGUGCGUGAGCAUAAGUGGUGGUUCCUCCUCCAGAGGUCAUCGGAUAGCCAGCAUUUGCUGGUUUAGUGGCAGGGUUCCCCAGAGCCGAAAACGACCCGUUUUGGCCAUUUGCUAUGAGAACGGAAGGGUGCAGAUCAUGAGAAACGAAAAUGAUGAUGCACCGACAAUUUUCGAUACCGGGAUGCGAAAUGUGGACGCCAAGUGGAACCACGAUGGCACUGUGUUGGCCAUUUGUGGCACCACUUUGGACAUGGUGACUCCUCCCUCGCAGCGCGACUCCAACCAGGUGUGCUUCUACUCGCCGCUGGGCAAGAUCUACCGCACCUUGAAGGUUCCUGGAAACGACAUCACCUCGCUCAGCUGGGAGGGGAAAUCCCUGCGCAUCGCCAUGGCCGUGGAUUCGUUCAUCUACUUCGCCAACAUCCGUCCGGAUUACAUUUGGUGUUACUUCGAGAAGACUGUGGUGUUUCUGAAUAGCGGAAAUAGCUCCAGGGACUCGCCGAUGAGUGUGAUCACCUUCUGGAACACGGUCUCCAACCAGAGUUUCCUCAAGGAGGUGGAGCCCACACUUUGCCUGGCUUCGAGUAGUGAGCACUGCGUUUUGGGAGUGGAGUGUGUUAGCAGCAACAUCAAGGAGAUUGCUCUGAGCACCCUGGAGAAUCGGAGUAAUCCUUCGGACGAUAGGGUGUAUCAGCUGCUGCUCUGCAACUCCAUCGGAACCACUGUGGACUCCAAGUACACUGACAUUAGACCCUGCUUUGUGGGCAUUAACUCGAGCUAUGUGGCCAUAGCCUCCCAGGAGGAGAUUCUUAUUUGGCAUUACCACACACCCAAGAGUGCCUCUACCCUCCACAAUGUAAAGGCGCGCAAGGAAAAACGUUUUCACAUCGAUGACACGCCCACUGGAGUGGAAAUGGCCAAAGAUCUGAUGUUGAGCAGUAGUAGUGGGGAUGGUCACUCCACGCAGCGCGGAGUAAAUGAUCCCAUCUGCGCCCUGGCCCUCUCCGAGAAGCUCCUCCUGGUGGCCAGGGAGUCGGGAGCUAUCAAUGAGUACAGCAUUGCGAAUGUGGCUCUGAGGAAUCGCCACCUGAUGAACUCCAAAGUUUACAAAAUGGCCAUUAAUUGCAAUUCUACUCGUGCUGCCAUUAUUGACCACAUGGGAGUGAUGACCCUGCUGGAUUUGGAUGACAACCGGGAAACCCAACUGAACUUCAGUCGAGUGGAACGCAAGGAUGUGUGGGCGGUGAGUUGGGCCAAGGAUAAUCCACUGCUCCUGGCCUUGAUGGAAAAGACUCGCAUGUACAUUUUCCGGGGCAACGAUCCCGAGGAACCCGUCUCCUGCUCCGGCUACAUUUGCACCUUUGAGGACCUAGAGGUCACCAGCGUUCUGCUGGAUGACAUCAUCAGCGUGGGAGAGCUGCAGAACUCUUCCCAUCUCAUUCAGCUGAGGGUAAAGUCCCUGCGGGAUACCGACGAUCUGCUGGAGCACGUGGGAUUGGAGGACGCCAAGCAGUUCAUCGAGGACAAUCCUCAUCCGAGGCUCUGGCGAUUGUUGGCGGAGUCGGCGCUGAAGAAACUGGAACUGGAGACGGCGGAGAAUGCCUUUGUGCGGUGUGCCCACUACCCGGGCAUUAAGUUGGUCAAGAGGCUGCGCACCAUUCACUCCAACGAGCUCCAAAGGGCCGAGAUCUCGGCCUUCUACGGGGAGUUUGAGGAGGCGGAGAAGCUGUAUCUGGACGCAGAUCGUCGGGACUUGGCCAUAGAGCUGCGAAUGACCCUCUGCGAUUGGUUCAGAGUGGUGCAGCUGUACAGGAUGGGUGGAUCCGGGGUGUCUGACCAGCAGAUGGAGAUUGCCUGGCGGGAGAUUGGCCACCACUUCGCGAACCUCCGAUCCUGGGAGAGUGCCAGGGAGUACUACGAGAAGUCCCACUACCUGGAGGGCUACAUGGAGGCGCUCUACCAUCUGGAGCAGUUCGAUGAUCUGGAGAAGUGCGUGGAAAGGCUGCCGGAGAAGAGCCCCCUGCUGCCGAAGCUGGCCGAGAUGCUGGCCUCCGUGGGCAUGUGCUCCGAGGCGGUUCAAGCCCAUCUGCGAUUCGGGGACCAGAAGGCCGCCGUCGCCACUUGCGUGAACCUGCGUCAGUGGGGCGAGGCGGUGGAACUGGCUCAGAGAUUCCAGCUGCCUCAGGUGCAAACCUUGAUUGCCAAGCACGCGGCGCAGCUGCUCCAGGAGGGACGGCUCAAGGAGGCCAUCGAGAUGCAGCGGAACGCAGGACGUCACCUGGACGCAGCUCGCCUGCUCUCGCAGAUGGCGGAAAGGGAGCAGGAGAGGCGCGCUCCGCUGCUGCGGAUCAAGAAGCUCUAUGUCCUGGCUGCUCUUCUGGCGGAGGAGCACCUUAAGGCGGUGGCCACGCCGGAGAUCGAUUACGCCAGCGGAAGAAACACCCUCCUGGACUCCAUUGCUCUGGAGGAUGCGGCGGCCAUCGAAAGACUCUGGCACUGCUCGGAGGCCUACCACUUUAUGCUGCUGGCCCAGAGGCAACUCCGCUUUGGAAUCAUCCACAGUGCGGUGAUCACGGCGGUGAGGCUGCGGGACUACGAGGACGUACUGCCCCCAGAGCACAUCUACAGCCUGUUGGCUCUGGCCAGCUGUGCGGAUCGGGCCUUCGGCACCUGCUCCAAGGCCUUCAUGAGGCUGGAGCAGCUGAGUCACCUGCCGGAGGAGACUCUCAAAAGGUACGAGGAGCUGGCAGCAGGAAUAUUUGCCAAGUACGAACCGGAGGACACCGCUGGCGAGAGGGUGGAUUGCUACUCCUGCGGAGUUCCAGUGCCGGACAGCUCGCCCGCCUGCCCGGAGUGCAAUGCGCGUUUCCCGGCCUGUAUAUCCUCCGGAAAGCCGAUCACCCAGCCCACUAACAACAUCUGGAUCUGCACCACCUGCCACCACUGUGCUGCUCCCACCGAGAUCUCGCGGCAUCGCACAUGCCCACUGUGCCACAGUUUAAUUGUGUCCAUGACUGUGGAAAUCUGAGUUAACUAAAAAUAAGUGCAAUAUGUUUACGAUUUUUAGUAGUAGGACUUAUCAGGUUAAUUAAAAAGGACCUUUUCGGCCUCGGCAAGAAGCCAUGUAUUAAAAAUAUAACGUUCACAACAAAUUUAAAUUUUGAAUAAACUAGAAAAAUAACGAUGUAGUGUCAU